UCCAAGGUACAAGCUUUCUAAUUAUGUAAAGUUGGCUACCAUGGUAAUGUUUGGUGAAGACGUUGGAGAGAAAUUAUGGACAACAGUAAACACUUCUUUUCGUUUCUUGUUUGAUGAGUACAAAGAUAUGUAUGCUCCAGCUGAGAAGACACCACAACCAAAUGACUCUAAAGAGCAGCCAUCACAUAGCAAACGGUUGAUGAGGUCUAUAGUUGCUCAACAAAUGAACAAUAAUGGGAGUGGAAAUAUUACUGUCAAGUCUGAACUAGAUAAGUAUUUAUCUGAGGACAGUGAGGAAGAUAAGACUGGUUUUGACAUUCUUAAUUGGUGGAAGGACAAUGCUACUAGACUGCCAAUACUUGCUCGCAUGGCCCGUGACCUUUUAGCUAUUCCGAUAUCAACAGUAGCAUCUGAGUCAGCAUUUAGUUCGGGUGGAAGAACACUAGAUGAUUUUAGGAGCUCGCUCACACCAACAAUGGUCGAGCGCUUGAUUUGUGCCAAUGAUUGGAUUCGUGGAUCCAACAUUAUUAAUGUUGAAGAGAAUACCGAAGAAAUGGCUAAGCUUGAGGAAGAUAUUGGUGGCCUUACCAUUUCGAAGGAGGGGACUACUAUUGAAUCUUGAUAAUGGACUGCAGGAGAUUGCAGGCUGCCAGGCGUGUGCUCUCAAAGUGUCAAGGACUCAGCUGACUGCAAAGUGCAAACU